AUGCCGAAGAACAAGGGAAAGGGAGGGAAGAACAGGAAGAGGGGUAAGAACGAAGCAGAUGACGAGAAGCGUGAGCUCGUCUUCAAGGAGGAUGGACAGGAGUACGCUCAGGUGCUCCGCAUGCUCGGCAAUGGCAGGUGCGAAGCCAUGUGCAUCGACGGCGUCAAGCGCUUGUGCCAUAUUCGCGGGAAGAUGCACAAGAAGGUGUGGAUCGCCGCCGGUGAUAUUAUCCUCGUCGGCCUCCGUGACUAUCAGGAUGACAAGGCAGAUGUGAUCUUGAAGUACAUGCCCGAUGAAGCUAGACUAUUGAAAGCAUAUGGCGAACUUCCAGAGACCACUAGGCUUAAUGAAAUUACCGGGCUUGACGAGGAGGAUGAUGGUCCUGGUGAUGAUUACAUUGAGUUUGAGGACGAGGACAUUGACAAACUCUAG